CAACAACGCCAACUCGAGGUCGUCCAAAUCCUUCAUGGCUUCGGCAGAACUCGACGACAACAAAGCCUUCAUGGGCUACAAAGGGAAAAUCUGAAAGUCCUGAAGUUACUUCGAGCUCAAAUUCAGGCUCUGAUGCCAAAAGUGAAACGCCUCCGCGAAAAGUCACAAAAGUAACAAUUACCCCGAAAUCAGCCAAUGGAACAAAGAAGGAAGCAGAAACACAACCCGCAAGUGCCACAGCUCGUAAACCAUCUAUACCAAAUGCAAUGUUCCGUUUGGCUGAGAAAACAAAACCAUCCGCAACGUCAUCAUCAGACUCAAAUUCACGAUCGCCCUCGUUAGCAUCAUCUUCGGACAAAUCUCGAUCGACAACGCCAGCAACGAAGAAAGUAACUCCUAUUCCCGUGAAAAAAGCAAAAUCCCCCUCACCCGAAAGUGAAGAAGAUUCAAGUUCAUAUGAGGAAGUUACUGUCACAGAAACCGAAGAAGAAUCCGAGGAAGAAAUUGAACGCCCUGUGAAUUUCGUUUCACUGCGAAAAGUGUCAAAACCUGAAAUUGUCGCUGCAAAGAAGGAAAAAUCCGCAACUCCUGAACCAGAAUUCCUGCGACCUGCAUUGAAAAAAGUCGAAAAGAAGCCCGAUGAAGUAAAGGAACGUCGUCCAUCGUCGCCCGAACCGAAAUUCAUCAAGCCACAACUCCGUAAAGUACGACGUGAUCCAAGCAAGAAGGAAUUCCCAAAGGAAAAGCUGCUGGAAACGGUCGAACUGAAGAAAACACCGAAACAAGAACGUGAGUUGCGUCGCGAACCCACAAUCCCAUCCAUACAAGAAAUUAAACAAGAAAAUGUCAAGAAAAUUCCCCCUCCUCCUCCUCCGCCUCCGCCAAAAGGACUUCAGCCUCCUGAGGGUUUCCAAAAGAAACCGAUUUCAGAAACGGCGAAGCAGCGUAUUGAGCGACUCAAGAAACGCCCUCGCAAGCGCCCCGAUUGGUCCGACAUGAUGAAGGAGGUAGAAGAAGGUAAAAAAUUGCGUCAUGUUGAGUGUAAUGAUCGUUCACAGCCAAUCAUUCAGUGUAAAAGUAUGACAAAAGUGGAGAAUAAAUUUAUUUUUGAAACAGAGAAAAAGGAUACGAAAUUGCAUGCGUUAUUGAAGGAAAUUCAGGGGGGUGUGAAACUCAAGUCGGUGCAAACGAACGACAGAUCGAAGCCGAUUCUCGAUGGAUUGCGGAAAUUCAAGCGACAGAUGACGAUCGAGGAACAACUCCAAAAAUCCGAAUCGAAGGCGCAACUUGACUGUUUGCCCCCGAGUGUGGUCGAGAACGAAAUGGAUUCUGACGAGAUGGAAGACGUUGACAAAUUACGCGACGAUUUGCAAUCAACAAAGCAGAUGUUGGCACUCGAGUUACGCAACAAAGAGGCGCAAGAACGCGAAAAUAAGCGUCUUAUGGAGAAAAUUAAGAGUUUAGAAGCGGAACUUGCCUCGGCGAAAGCAAAUGGCGGAUCAGGCGCUGCCGCACCAACAACAAAAGCAUUUACUGACGACGAUCCUCUCGUGAAAGCAUUGAAAAAAGAAGCAGCUGAAGCGCAAAAAGUCUCCAAAGAGAUCGAGAAAAAGUACCAAGAAGCUGCGGAGAAACUUGACAUCGCGAAAGCCGAACUGGAGGAACAGAAAAAGAUCGUACAGCGAUUUAUCGCACAGGGAGGUCAAUUGCCGCAAAAUCUGCAAACGCGACGCCCGAGCGAGCAUCAAGAGAAAGAAAGUUCGCCUGAACCCACAUUUACCGACUCCGAAGACGAUGGCGGCGACGAGGAUGAUGAGGAGAAGAAGAAACAGAAAGCCAUGAGAAGUUUAAUGCGCGAAGUUAAGCUAUUGCGAUUCAGAUUAGAUAAGUAUAAGGAGAAAGAGGAUGUGGCAAAGGCUGAACGAAAAACGUUGAAAGAACAGAUGAAAGCGAAUCAAAAACAAUUAAAGGAAGAGAAGAAGAAACACAAAAAAUUACAAAAAGAAGUCGAAAAAAUGGCUGCGAUGAUGAACGAUGUCGAUGAUGACGAAGAAGGAGACGACGACGAAGAAAAGCCCGCUAAGCCAAGUAACGACGAAGAACAACAAGAAGAAGAGUCAUCUGAGGAAGAAUCAGAAGAGAGCGAAAGCGAAGAAAGUGAUGUUCAAUACAGUGAUUCCGAGAACGAAGACGCUCCUGACUCGCGCAAGAAGAAAAAUCUUGAGCCGCGCGUCAAACGUCACGAAAAUCGUCUCGCGGCACUCAAAAAGGGCAAUUUACUGCUGCUCGCGAACGUCGAACGACUCAAGGACGAAAUUAACAAGCAAAAGGAAAUGUCAAACAUCCUGCAGGCAGACUUGGAUUCAGUCAUUAAUGAUCUUGGCAUCUAAUAAUUAAUUCUAAAAAUUAUUUAAAUUUCUGUUUGUAUCCCGCAAAUGUGUGAUUUUUUUCUAUUGCUCUCUGUUUCAAGCCCAUUUUUUAGAUAAAUAAUUGCACAAGUAAAUGGCUCACCUGCUAA